UCCCUGGGCUGGACCAUGAACGAGACCAUCAUCCUUCAAUACUUUAUCGAGGAACUGGACGCUAACUGCAGCCUCUUGGACGCUCUGCAGGAUGGUUUUGACGGUCCCUACUGCAACUCCACCACAGACCAGAUCGGGACCUGCUGGCCCAGGACCGGUGCCGGGGAGCUGGUGGAGAGACCCUGCCCGGAGUUCUUCAACGGGAUCAAAUACAACACCACCAGAAACGCGUAUCGGGAGUGCCUGAGUAAUGGGACUUGGGCCAUCAAGGUGAAUUACUCCCAGUGUGAGCCGAUUCUGGAUGAUGAGACGAAGCCCAUUUUCCAUUACAAGGUUGCUCUGAUCAUCAACUACCUGGGGCACUGCAUCUCCGUGGGCGCACUCGUUGUGGCCUUUCUGCUCUUCUUGUGUUUGAGGAGCAUCCGAUGCCUUCGGAACAUCAUCCACUGGAACCUGAUCACGACGUUCAUCUUGAGGAACGUGAUGUGGUUUGUGCUUCAGCUGAUCGACCACAACAUCCACGAAAGCAAUGAGGUACUUCUUCCACACAUAGCAGAAGAAGAAAUGCACUCGUUCAAUUUAAAAUUAGCUUAUGUUUGUAGCAAAGAGCCUGCCGUCUCCAAUAAGGGGGAUAAGGAUUCACUCCCGCCGCGGGAGAUUAUCUGUCCUAUGCAAUUCAAUAUAAGGCAGAUCCACGCGUUGUUCUGCUUUGAACUUGCCAUCUCUCUUACCUCAAACCUCCCUGGAAACACCGGUAUUCCUUUCCCCAUCAUUGCUGCCUGGGCCGUCUGCAAGCUCUAUUACGAAAAUGAACAAUGCUGGUUUGGAAAGGAACCAGGGAAGUACGUAGACUACAUCUAUCAAGGGCCAGUGAUUCUUGUUCUGCUGAUAAAUUUUGUAUUCCUGUUUAACAUAGUUAGGAUUUUAAUGACAAAGCUGAGAGCAUCGACCACUUCUGAAACGAUACAGUACAGGAAAGCAGUCAAGGCGACGCUAGUUCUCCUGCCACUGCUGGGAAUCACCUACAUGCUCUUCUUUGUCAACCCGGGCGAAGACGAGCUCUCGCAGAUCUUUUUCAUCUACUUCAAUUCCUUCUUGCAGUCUUUUCAGGGUUUCUUUGUGUCUGUGUUUUAUUGCUUCUUAAAUGGUGAGGUCCGUUCCGCCGCCAGGAAAAGAUGGCACCGCUGGCAGGACCAUCACUCCCUGAGGGUCCGGGUCGCCCGCACCAUGUCGAUCCCUACCUCCCCGACCCGAAUCAGUUUUCAUAGUAUAAAACAGACUGCAUCUGUGUGACCACUGGCUGCUUAGGGGAUUCCAUUCUCGCUUCCUCUUUCUCCCAACCUCCUUUUUUCUUUCUCUCUCCCCCAUCUUUUUUCUUUUUGAUUUUUCUUCCUUUUUUCCUUUUGCUUUCCUCCUUUUCCCCUCCGGUUUCUUCCCUCGCCCUUACUUUCUUUGCUUCUUCUCUCUUCCUCUUUUUUUUUUAAAAAAAAAAAA